CAUUAUAACACCGGGCGUCGGUCACAUUAACUUUAAAUUUUUACGCAAUAUACAUACUUAGAUAAUAUAUAUCUUAUAAAAUAAUAAUUAAACACAGGCAGUGCCAUUUUUUAUUAGAGAUUGAACUGUAAUAUAAAAAUGGAGAGCAAUGAACAAAGUGAUGUAGAACAAAAUAUAGAAACGAAAUACCCUCUGCUUCCUUAUGAAAAACAAAUCCUUAUUGAUAUGUUUGAAAAGGACGCACUUUUAAUAAUUGCAAAAGGACUCACUUAUAAUGACAUUGUCGCAAACUUGUUAUGGAUACAUAAUGAUCCAGCAAAUUUAGUUUUAGUGAUAAAUAGUAGUGAGUAUGAGGAAAAAUACUUUUCUGAAAAAUUUAAUUUAACAGUUUUACCUACAAAUGGGAAUGAGAGAGAAAAAACAUACUUGGAAGGUGGUAUAUAUUUCGUGUCAACAAGAAUUCUUGUUGUUGAUUUGUUGAAAAAUCGUGUUCCAGUUUCCAAUAUUACUGGUAUAGUUGUAUUAAGAGCUCACACUGUACUUGAAUCAUGUCAGGAGGCUUUUGUUUUAAGACUUUAUCGGCAAAAAAAUAAGACUGGAUUUGUGAAGGCAUUUUCAAAUUCACCAAUUUCAUUUACUUUUGGAUAUCAUCAGGUUGAGAAAGUUAUGAGAGCUCUCUUUGUAACUGAACUGUAUUUGUGGCCAAGAUUCCACAGUACCGUGAUAAAAAGUCUUAAGAGUAGGCAGGCAGAAGUUAUAGAAUUACAUGUUUCACUGACCACAAACAUGGGUCUCAUCCAAACUUGUUUGCUAGAUAUCAUGAACUACACAGUUAAGCAAUUGAAAAGUAUUAACCGAACCCUGGACAUGCAAGAAAUAACAACCGAAAAUUGUAUCACUAAGAAAUUCCAUAAAAUUCUUCAAUCACAAUUAGAUUGCGUGUGGCAUCAACUCAGCACAAGGACAAAGGAAUACAUACAAGAUUUGAAGGUUUUAAGGACAAUGAUCAUAAACUUAAUACACGACGAUUCAGUGUCGUUUUAUGCAUUGGUAAGCAAAUAUAGGACACCCGAAUAUGCUAAAGUCAAUUCUGGAUGGAUACUCCUUGACUCAGCAGAACAGCUGUUUAGGCUGGCCAAAGCGAGGGUGUACAACAAUAAUAAUGAAUUCAACCCUGAAUCAUCACCAAAGUGGAAAUGCCUGAGUGAAUUGUUAACAGAUGAGAUACCCAGAGAAGUUAAAAAAAAGAACAAUGAUUCAUUAUCUAAAACAAAAAUACUCAUACUCUGCCAAGACAAUAAGUCCUGUUACCAGCUAAAUAAUUUCCUCACCAUGGGCGAAAGUAAAUACCUCUUCUAUACCGCGUUCCGGAGAGAUUUAACAAUAACUUCGAUGGCUGCUAAAUAUAAGAAAAUAAAUAACAAAUCACAUAUGAAUACUGAAAAUAAAGAUAAAGAAAUAAAAAAUGAGUUAGACGAAGAAGAAGCCAAUGCAGAUGAAAUGAACAAGUCCAACUAUGUCCUGACUCUCACUCAAACGGCAACAAAAAACAAUUCGGACUCGAAAGCAGCUAAUGAGAGUGUAUUUGAACCUCUGUCCCGGGUAGAGAACUUGGAUUUAACGCAACUAGAAACAGAUAAGCCAAUAAUCUGCAUUCAGACGUUUAAGCAAAACGGGAACUACAUGUCGCUCGGGCAAACCCUAGAGAGCCUGCGGCCCGAGUACGUGGUGCUGUUCCACAGCGACGUGGCCGCCGUCCGCCAGCUCGAGCGCCACGAGUGCCGCAAGCCGCCCCGCGAGCCGCGCCUCACCGUCUACUUCCUGGUGCACGACCACACCGUCGAGGAGCAGGCCUACCUCACGGCUCUGCGCCGGGAGAAGCAGGCCUUCGAGCUGCUCAUACAGGCCAAAAGUGUAAUGGUUAUACCAUCAUAUCAAGACGGAAAAACUGAUGAAUAUUUUAAUAUGAAUGUGGAAGAAGAAGUCAUUCAGAAGGAUACGAGAAAGGCAGGCGGACAAACUCAAGUCACGAAAGAGAAACCAAUCGUUAUCGUCGAUAUGAGGGAAUUCCGUUCCGACCUUCCAGCCUUACUACAUAAAAACGGAAUCAAUAUUGAACCAGUGACCAUUACGAUAGGAGACUACAUCGUAACGCCAGACAUCUGCGUGGAGAGGAAGUCGAUAUCGGACCUCAUCGGCUCGCUGAACUCCGGCCGGCUGUACGCGCAGUGCACGCACAUGUGCCGCAACUACAGCCGACCCAUCCUGCUCAUUGAGUUCGACCAGAACAAGCCGUUUCAUUUACAGGGGAAUUUUGUCGUUUCAACCGAUUUAUCCGGUGCCGAUAUCCAGCAGAAGCUUCAGCUGCUCACAAUACACUUCCCGAGGUUGAAACUCGUUUGGUCACCGAGUCCUUACGCCACAGCAGAAUUGUUUUAUGAGCUCAAACAAGGUAGAAAAAACCCGAACGUAGAAGAGGCACUGGCUCUGAGCGGAGACAAUACAGCAGACGAUAUGAAUUACGAAAGAUGUAAUAUACGCGUGCACGACUUCGUACAAAAGCUGCCCGGUAUAACCUCGAAGAACAUCACAAGAGUUAUGAAUAGAGGAAUUUCUUUGGAUCACCUGAUAACCUUGACACAGGAACAACUAGCAGAAAUUAUGGAAAACAAAAAUGAAGCCGCAACGUUAUAUUCAAUUUUACACGUUAAACCAAAAACGACAGACACAGACAAAGCGAAACCUUUUGGAAAGAAAAAGUUUGAGAAAUUCAAAAAUUUGAAAUAAAAAUCAUAAUAUUUUUUUAUAAUUAUUUAUUGCUUUUGUACAUACCAUAAUAAUUUUAGAAUGAAAUAAAUGUUGUCGCAAUUAAUAAAUAUAAUUAUGUCAAUUUUA